AUGACUUCGUUACCACCACCACCCCAGACGUGCUACAAGCCCGGUGCCGCAAAGUCCAUCGAUGAGUAUGCUAAACUCGAUGCCGAGGAUGAGAGCCUGGCACGGUGGAAGGCCAGUCUUGGUAUUGUCCCUGGAGCAUCCACCCCUGCUUCCGGCCCUAAGUUCACCAUUCUUUCUCUCGAGCUCGUGUCCCCCUCGAUGCCACCCGACCAUACCCUCAUCAUGGACCUUCAGGACUUGAGCCAGCCGAAGCUCGACGCCCUGAAGAAAACCACUUUCACGAUCAAGGAGGGUGUUGAUUACAAUGUUCGAAUGACCUUCAGGGUCAACCACAGCAUUAUCUCCGGCGUCAGGUAUAUCCAGAUCGUCAAGCGAGCCAACAUAAAAGUGGACAAGCUGGAUCAGAUGCUCGGCUCGUAUGGCGUCCACCCCAAGGGUGAGCCUUACGUCAAGAACUUCGACACCGAGGAGUCUCCUUCGGGCCUUCUUGCACGCUCUGGUUCUUACAGUGUCCGAAGUCGUGUAGUCGACGAUGAUGGAGAGGUUUUUGCUGAUUGGGAAUGGUCUUUCAAGCUCGGAAAGGAAUGGUGA